CCCCCACCCCCGGGUCUUUGCACUCCGUCGGCAAAGUUCGGCCAGGGUCCUGUUUCAGAGUCGGGGAUAGACAGUCCAAACAGCUUAUAUUCUGGUGGGGAGACCGAGAACGAAGUGUGUAAAUACAUAACUGCAGUAGCAACUGUUAGGAAGACUAUGAUGCAGGGUGGUAUAGCAGAGGGUGGUGGGCAGGGAGGGAGGCCUCACAGGGAGUGACUUCAGAGCUGAGGGAUCUAAAUCAGGGGCUCCCUCCUAGAGGCUGGGAAGAGGGGUCCUUGGAGAGUGAAGCACUGGGCCCCUGGCCUGGGGCGGUGAGGCUGGUGCGCUUGUGCACAGCCUGUGAGUGGGGCAGGUGGAGCAGUGGUCUGGGGCAGACCAGCCUUCUUGGAGGAGACUGGGUCCAUUCCUUUGGGAAUCUCUUGAGUUCCCGCCUACCCUGUCCUGCUGUACUUAUUUCCCCCCUUAUUUCUUUUAUAUCAUUUAAUCGUGGAUAUCUUAGUUUAUGUGUCUAAAAUGUAAGGCCUCCUUUGAAAAGUAUGUACCAACCACAGUACAUCAUCCCAUUUAAAAAUAUUGACUGUAAUUCCUCAAUAUCAUGGAAUAGUCAGGUAGUGAUCACAUUUCUGGGGAGAGUUUCAAGGGCAGGGACAUGGCGCUGUCUGCCUUUUCUGCCUGGUUCCUGCCUGGUUCUAGGAAGACUGGAGUCCCCAGGUUCCUCAGCAUGGCAGCAGAGGGGAGAAAGACCACGACCUCACCCUUGAGACACCCUGACGGCUGGUGCUGCCUGUCUGUCCCUGUAGCGAAUGCUCAGCGUGUGUAAGCUCAUCGGUCUUACAAAAACCCAGGAACUAGGCACGGUUGUCAGGAUCCCACCCAACACAUGGCACAGAGAGCGAGCACCGCCUGCCCGAGGUCACACAGCUGACAAGCUGCAGAGACAGCAGCUCAGUGUGGGCGAUGGGGUGGAGGUUGGGGUCUCAGGCUGAGUGUGGGCUCUGUUCUUCACAUUAUCUGGCAUUUUCAUGCCUUCUCAGCACCUGAUUCAGUGAAUAGUGUAUAUUUUAAAACUCUCAGCUUUAAAAUCCUUAGCUAAAAAGCCAAACGUUCUCCUGCAAACACUGCCCUGGAUGCAAACUUGCACCUUGCCUUAUUUUCCUGGGGCUUAGUGAAGCUUCCUGGCUGGGUCAUCACACACGGAACAGGUGGGGUGACUGGGGUUUGGGGGAGCAAGGACUGGCCCCAGGUCACGACUGAGGAUGGCCUGGCCCUGGGAGGUCCCGAGCGCUGGCUGGGCCUGCCGAAUGUUGGGCAGUGCCGGGCCCGACCGAGUGCUAGAGACAGAGAUGGGUGUAGUGGGAGCGGAUGUGGUGCCCGGUGGCCGAGACUGUCUGCUUUAGCUGCAGAUCGUUCCCCUUCCUCAACUCAGUAAACACCGGCUGUGGUCACUGGGUGGGGACAAAGGUCUGCAGGGGUGGCCCUGUCACAGCCACUGUUGACUCUCCUUGGACACCGACCUGCAUGGCCUUCAGCCUGCCCCUGUCCUCUCUGCUGACGUGCCCUGAGCCCCUCCUGGGCACCAGCAGCCUCACCAGGGGCUGGGAACACAACCAGACCCGACCGCCCAGCCUGCACCACGGGGGCCCUGGUCUGGUAGGGAGGUGGCGUGAGCUGGAAUUGUUCUGAAAAAUCUGUGUGAAGCCGCAAGAGCCGGGUUGUGCAAUGGGCUUGGAGAGCACUUUUGCAAACAGCCGCCAGGCCAGCAUGGUGGACCACUUGCUCCCAGUAGACGAGACCUUCUCGUCGCUGAAACGCCCCGUUGGUUUUCUGGGUGACGGGCGGGCGUACCAUAUGCUGCCCUCGCCCCUCUCCGAGGACGACAGUGAUGCCUCCAGCCUCUGCUCCUGUGCCAGCCCCGACUCGCAAACCCUGUGCUCCUGCUACGUCGGUGGCCGGGGGCCCAAGGGCCAGGACAGUAUCCUGGACUUCCUGCUGUCCCAGGCCACCCUGGGCGGCGGCGUUGCGGCUCACGGCAGCCCCAUGGCCUGGGGGGCCUGGCGGAAAACACCGGCCCCCGUGAAGGGGGAGCAUUUCAGCUUCCCCGAGUUCCCGGUGGGCGACCCCGAUGACGUCCCUCGGCCCUUCCAACCCACCCUGGAGGAGAUCGAAGAGUUUCUGGAGGAGAACAUGGAGCCAGCGGUGAAGCAGGCCCCAGAGGGCAGUGGCAAGGACUUGGACGCCUGUGGCCAGCUCUCCACCGGGCCACACAGGGGCCACCUCCACCCCGGGGCGGGUGGCAGAGAGCGCUGUGCCUCACCUCUGGGGGCCGGUGCAGCUGGCAGCCAGGGCCAGGCUGGGGGCCCCACCCCCGACACCCCAGUCCCACUGCUGCUGCAGAUCCAACCGGUGCCGGUGAAGCAGGAGUCGGGCACCGAGCCUGCCUCCCCGGGGCAGCCCCCCGAGGCCGUCAAGGUGGCGCAGCUGCUGGUCAGUAUCCAGGGCCAGACCUUCACGCUUGUGCCCCAGGUGCUGCCCUCAUCCAGCCUCAGCUUGCCCUCCAAGUUCGUGCGCAUCGCCCCUGUGCCCAUUGCAGCCAAGCCCCUUGGGUCAGGACCCCUGGGGCCCGGCUCCACAGGCCUCCUCGUUGGCCAGAAGUUCCCCAAGAACCCGGCGGCCGAACUCAUCAAAAUGCACAGGUGCACUUUCCCCGGCUGCAGCAAGAUGUACACCAAGAGCAGCCACCUGAAGGCCCACCUGCGCCGGCAUACGGGCGAGAAGCCCUUCGCCUGCACCUGGCCGGGCUGUGGCUGGAGGUUCUCGCGCUCGGACGAGCUAUCGCGACACCGGCGCUCGCACUCGGGCGUGAAGCCCUACCAGUGCCCCGUGUGCGAGAAGAAGUUCGCCCGCAGCGACCACCUGUCCAAGCACGUCAAGGUGCACCGCUUCCCGCGCAGCAGCCGGCUGCAGCGGCCCUGACCCGCCCCCUAGCGGCCUCCGCCUCCGCCCGGCGCUCUGUAGCAAUAAGUUAUCAGCCCCCGUUGGAGGGACGUGACGCCCAUCUGGGCCACCUGGAGCCCGGGGGUGCGGACUCAGCACCGCCACCUCCCCGGGGACCCGGAGGCGCCCGCGCCGGCCGGAGGCAGCCUGCACGCCCCUCGCCUUCCGAGGCCCACCCCCCUCCCGCCGGGCUCCCCGCCUGGGCCGGGGCCAGCACUCGAUUGCCGGGGAAGGAGAAGUGCGCAGUGUUGAAAUGUCAGUUCCCGGAGGGAGCCUGCAGGGAAGAAGGAAGUAGGCCAGAAGUCCAGGCUGCACUAUGGCGUGGGCGUGGCUCCAUCCCCGGCCUGACCACCAGAGGGCGGACAGGGGCGGUGCAGGGGCGGGACCUGGCCGCCCGGUGGCUGUGGGCUGGGUGAAAAGGCCCCUCUCGGCAAGGUGGCAGUGCAUGUGCUUGAGUUAAACAUGCAGGACAGACGGACAGACGCAGGUCUGCCCCAGGCUGACGGUGCCGUGUGGCCCAUCCCCUCGUCCUGUUUGCAGACAAAUCCAGAAGGCACCUCGGAUCACCUUCAGGAGGAGAGGGCUGGUGUAGAAGAGCUAUGUAGAGCCUCCCAAAUCCUGAUUUAGAAGUGCAUUCCUUAUUUUGUCUAGAAAUUAAUAUCAAAUGUACUAGUUUGUUUUGAGAGGUUUAUUUCACAUCCUAUGAAUGUAUGUAAAUAAAAUGUACAUAGGUGCAUUGACAUAAAAUCUUUUAAUAACAUACCAACAUUGUGUAAAUUUGAAAUAAAAUCUAUAAAGCUGGUGUACAUAUGUUACAAUUAUGUAUAUUUUCUUUUGUCCUUCAUAAAAAUAUAUUUGCCAAUAAAAAGAAGAACUUGAUAA